CCCGCCACAAGUUUUACUUCUCUCACCGUGUCUCUCACUCUCUCUCUCUCUGUCUCUAGCUUCCAUGCUCAAUUUUCAACAUGAAUUCACAGCCUACUCAGAGUCCUCAAUCCAUGGCCACCUCGUCAACACCCACUGAUAGCUCAGGGAAGAAGGUGAGGAAGCCCUAUACUAUUACCAAGUCCAGAGAAAGCUGGACUGACGAAGAGCACGACAAGUUCCUUGAAGCACUUCAACUGUUUGAUCGUGACUGGAAAAAAAUUGAAGACUUUGUGGGUUCAAAGACAGUGAUUCAGAUUCGAAGUCAUGCCCAAAAAUACUUCUUGAAAGUUCAAAAGAAUGGUACAGUAGCACAUGUACCUCCUCCUCGCCCGAAGCGAAAGGCUUCUCAUCCUUAUCCACAAAAGGCAUCCAAAAAUGUUUUGAUGCCACUACAAGGAUCAUUGGCUUAUCCUUCUUCGGUAAAUAAUCUUUCAUCAGGAUAUUCUCCGUGGGAUGAAACUUCCAUGAUGAUAAAUGCUUCAUCAAGCCAAAUGGUGCCAUCACAAGAUGAUUUUACUAGUCUUCACGGAAUCGAAGCUGAUAUUGCAUCGAAGGGGGUAGCACGGAUUAGUAACAGUAUAGCAAAGCAAGGGAAACAAGCUCCAGUCCUCCAUGGUUUGCCAGACUUUUCUGAAGUGUAUGGCUUCAUUGGGAGCGUUUUUGAUCCAGAGAUUGACGGCCAUGUGCAGAAGCUCAAGGAAAUGGAUCCCAUAAAUUUUGAAACUGUUUUGUUGUUGAUGAGAAACCUCACCGUUAACUUGUCUAGCCCUGAUUUUGAGCCAAUUAGGAAUGUCCUGUCAUCAUAUGAUGUUAAUUCUAAAACAGUAGGGUUAGCAGCUGGAUUUGUUGCCAAGAAGCAAACCAGUGAUCUAUCCUGUUGAACUGAACUGGGUGCUAUUUAGAUGGGAUUUUUCUGUUUUCUUAGCUGGCUUCAUCAAAUGCAGCCGCGUGAUAGUGGUUAUUGUAACAAUAUGCUUUGAAGUCUGCAAGUUCAAGAAUCUAACUAUGUAGCUCUAGAGAGAGUGUUAAGUCGUGCUGAAUGAAGAGAAGUUUCAACUAAUCUUCAAGGUCCACAAGGAUCUUAAUGCAGUGGCCUUGAUGGGAAAUAUAGUUAUUAUUCUUGCUAUUCCAUUAGUUUGGCCUUCAACCAAACCAGUCUGUAUAUCUUGUAACCUUGUAAGAUCUUUUUGGUGGUAGUUUAAUAUUGUAUGUAAGAAAAUAUUUCUCAUGUGUAAGUUUGUCUCUAGAGCAGUACAACUACAAGAAAUUAUAUAUAUAAAUAUAUAUAUAUUGAUUUUAUUUUUCAGCCAUGGAA